GAGGAGAUCAGCUGAGCCCGAUGCAGGAACUUGAAAGCGGGCAAUGUGAAAUCUUGGCCCGAGCAAUGGAAGCGAGGACCCCCAAGCUUGCAGCCAGUGCGGCACAGAUGAGUCCUGACGCAGCUCUGGCCAAGCUCAAUACCACGGCCACACAAUAAUUCAGAACACGAAGCAAGAGUACAGACCCAACAAGCGUGGCCGGGGCGGCCACUUGUUGAUAAAACCGUUCAGCCUGUUCCGCAACCAUAACAUCAAAUUCGCGCGGCCAUCACUUCAGCAGAACCAGCACGACGACGUAUUCAACGACAUCAUGGCUUCCGCUGGGAACCCGCAAGACGACGCAGCAGAGGCCGAGGCCGACAGGAUUUCAGCUGCUCAUCAGAAAGCUCUGGAACGCGCGAAGGAAGAUGAAAUCUACCGAGCUCUCACGAGCAUCGACGGGUUCGACGCGACAGCCUCAUGUCGACCUCGUCCUGCUGAGCUGCUUGGCAUGGCCAAAUUCCUACUGCACAAAGACGCUGGACUUUCACAAGGUCAAGACAAGUUUAUGAAGGCAGUCUUUGAAGUCUUCUAUGCCGCCAACACCGUGCUGAGGUCGCAUAGAGCCCACAACACCAGAACGGACCAGAGCCAGAGCGGAAAGGAGUCGACCGCAGCAAGCAAACCCCACGAACAAGCCUGGUUCUGGGUUCUCGUGCGCCGAGAGCUCAAAAGCAGUCAUGGACAUGAAGAUAUUAAGCACGAACAUCUUCGUUUGGUUGUUUCGUUCUACUCAGCAGGAUUUCACGGAGUCUUCAUGAGUGACUCACUGCAACUUUCUGGGUGCGGCAGCAGAAGCCUACUCUUCUUCGCUCUGGCAGAAUGGCACAUGCUUGUGGACAACUAUCGGUGUACACUUCGCCUGACACGAAACAGCCAUGAUUCUGGUAAUAAGCGUCCGAGGGAGCAAGAAGACCAUGGUUAUAUGGAGCCUCGACAUGAAAAUACACUCCCCGAAGAUGUUACCGCCUUACUUCGGUCGAUGAAUCUUCCUCCCCAGAGAAAAAUGGCAAGGAAAUGGACGUACGCGGAGAAAUUACACACGAUGACGCACCAUCUGAAAGACUUAUGGAACAGUCUACAGUCACAAUCACGGAUCUCCCAAGGAUCUUUUAUCUACAUGUUCGAGGGACUCUUGGACCUCGAAAAUGUUGUGAUCAAAUCUACAGUUCUCAAAAGAUCUCUGAUCGCAUAUGCUUCUGGAGUAUCCUCGAGUAACCAAAUGAAAACCUUACAGGCAGCAACGGUAGCCGCAACGAUAUCAACAAGGAUACUUCUGGACGAAGACGAGCGGGGAGUAAAGCCUACCACUAAGGCGAUGGGAGAGCACCGCUGAAGGAUCGCCCAGUCAUGAUCAAAGUUGGAGCAGAUAUAAUAGCCCAGGAGUGUGCGUCGACAAGUGCAUGAUGAGGCUAUUCACGAAAUCCUGAGAUCGCGUAACAUAAUUGUCGGUCAAGCCCAAGAACUCGAUCAGGGGGAUAAUGUAGAGAAUAGCAGCUACGUUAUGUCAGUUACAG